AUGUCGUUUCCCUUCCAAGUCAUUGAACAUGUCCUUCCUGGCCAGCAUAUCCGCGAAUACCCCCAGAGCAUCAGGGGUCGCCAAGAGACACCCUUACAGAUCGCGAUCAAACAGUAUGUCCCAGUCGAUGCCGAGAGAUCCAGCCCGAUCCCAGACAAUGCAGUUACCAUAAUUGGAGUGCCCGGUAACGGAUCACCCAAGGAGGUGUAUGAGCCACUGUGGGAAGACCUGUACAGCCAGCUGAAAAGACUCUCCGUUCCGUUGCGUGGAAUCUGGGUGGCGGAUACAUCAAACCAAGGUGCAAGUGCGACCCUGAAUGAGCAUGUCCAAGGAGACCAAACCAACUGGUACGAUCAUUCGCGCGACCUUCUACAUAUGAUCAACCACUUCCGCGAUCAAAUGCCUCGACCACUCAUCGGCGUAAGCCACAGUAUGGGAUGUGCCCAACUUGUUAAUCUUGCGAUCAUUCAUCCACGCUUGUUGUCGACCUUGAUCCUCAUCGAACCCGUUAUCCUGGAGGUGGCGUUCGGCGGUCCAAAUCCCGCUAUCAUGGCCAGUCGACGCAGGGAUCUCUGGGAAUCUCCGGAAACGGCCGCCGCCUCUCUUACGAAGGGCCUGAGCAAGUGGGAUCCUCGUGCGCGAGACCGCUAUCUACGCUACGGACUUCGCCAAGUGCCGACUCGCCUCUAUGAUCCUGCUAGGGACCCCAAAGUUCCUCGGACCGCAGUAACACUAACAACGACGAAGCAUCAAGAGUCCUGGAAUUAUUUCACGCCGAAUCUCGAAGGGGAAGAGCGGGACCGACUGCUAUUGCCAGACUGGGAUGCGGAAAAAGAGCGACCGUAUCUCUUUUCUCGCCCCGAAUGUUGGUCUGCGAUGCGGAAUCUGCCGUUUAUCCGGCCUAGUGUGCUGUGGGUCUUUGGGGGCCGGAGCUUCCUCUCUUUGCCCGAUGCCCAGGACUCGAAAAUGCAAGUAACUGGAACCGGGAUUGGAGGAAGCGGUGGAGUAGCCCAAGGCAUGGUUGAAAAGGCGGUGCUGCUAAAGGGUGGUCAUACUCUUGUAUUCGAGCAGGUGGAUUGGUGCGCUUCAACCAUUGCGGAUUGGAUGCGCCGUUGGUUUCAGGGCUGGUUGGAAGAUGAACGAUUCUGGCAAGAACAUCGGAGCCGGCAUUCUGAUGCAGAGGGAAUCAGAUUAUCCGAGGAAGCGUUUCAAAUCGCACAGAUGCCGGUGGGGACGAGAAGAUCGAAAAAGCCGAAGCCGAAGCUGUGAACACUGCGAUUGAGCAUCGUAUUGCCAUGCAAAGGGACAGAUCACAAACUUCACAUCUUGCGAGGUAGAUCUUCAGCCCUGAUUUGAAUACAGUUUGGCUUUGCAGAGUAGGCAGUUUGCUAUAUACACUGGUAAAACUACA